AUGGAGCCAAUUCAUAAUGCAGAUACCAAUACUAUAACAUAUAAACCGCCCAGAGGAUGUAAUUAUCAAGAUUUAAAAGAUUAUUUAGUUUUCUCAAGAAAAGAUAAUGAUAACUUUGUAUAUGAAAUAAAUAAAAUUAAAUCCCCAGAGACAGAAUGUGAGGCUGUAUGGGAAAAAUUACACAAUAAAACUUUAUUUAGAUGUGAAAUCAUUAAAAACUGUAUAAAUUUAACAAAAAAGGAUAUAGAAUCAAAUAACUUUAGCAAUAAUAGUGAAAAAAUAAAGCUUCAAAAUAAAUUAAAUAUGCUAAAUAUGGAAUUAGAAGUAGAGGAAAUAAUAAAAGAUCAAGCCAAAAAAGUUUUUCAUAAAAUCUGUAGAUAA